GAAGGGUGGGUCAUUUUCAAUGGAAGCUCGGCCAUAAAAAAACAAACCAAUAAAAAAUGGUUGAAGAAUCACAAGCCAAUCUAGCCCUACCUAUCAAAUAAAACUAAUCCAACCAAUUUUAAACAUUUAUUUCCUUUUUCUUUCUUUCUUUCCAAUAAGUAAAUGUAGAUAUGCAUGUGAAUGCUCAAUAAUUUCUCAUGCAACCAGAGUGGGGUCCUUUAACUCAUUAGCCAGCCCUUUCCCUUUUGUUCUCAUGCCAGCCUCCAACUCUUCAAAGAUUCUCAAACCCCUCCCCCUUCUCCCUCUCUAGAAUCCAUGUCUCUCCUCCUCCUUUUCUUUCUCUUUUCAUUCAUUUUACAUGCACCUCCGACCACCUAUGCAACUAUUGCUGCCACCGGUGUUGUUCAUGGCUAUGGCGAUAAGCAAGUUUUUGAUUUGAAGAAAUUCAGGUGGACACGGCAACAAACUGACACACUCAAUUGCUUCCAUCAAAGAUCACGAACAGAAAAGAGUGCAACUAUAUUAGAACUGCAUCAUAGGGAUUUCUGUUCCGAACCCAUAUCAGAUUGGAACCAAAUCCUCCAAAAACACAUACUUUCCGAUCAAAUCCGAGUCAAUUCCCUCCAAUCACGAAUCAAAACCGCACUUUCCAACGGUUUCAAUCAACAACUUUCACAAGCUGAAAUCCCACUCACUUCUGGAGCCAAACUCGAGACCCUAAACUACAUCGUGACCGUUGGAUUAGGUGGCAGAAACUUAACCGUAAUCGUGGAUACCGGGAGUGACCUAACAUGGGUCCAAUGUCAACCUUGCGGUUCAUGUUACAAUCAACAAGAACCGCUUUUCAACCCCUCGGAAUCUUUAUCAUAUAAAUCGGUCUUAUGCAAGUCAACAACAUGUGAAAAUCUCGAAGACGCCACCGGCAGUUCAGGUGUCUGUGGGGUUAACUCGUCAUCUUGUAACUACUAUCUUAGCUAUGGAGAUGGAUCCUAUACACGUGGCGAUUUAGCUACUGACAACCUCGUACUUGGUACGACACCAGUCAAAGGUUUCGUGUUUGGUUGUGGACGGGUUAAUGACGGCUUGUUUGGGGGUGUUUCCGGACUUAUGGGGCUCGGAAGAAGUGCUCUUUCUGUAAUUUCUCAAUCUUACGAUGUUUUUGGAGGGAUUUUCUCGUAUUGUUUACCUUCGGUGACGGAUUCGGGUCCCGGUUCAUUGAUUUUAGGAGGUGAGACUUCGGUUUACAAAAACUCGAGUCCUAUUUCGUAUACUAACCUUAUAUCCAACCCAAUGAUGUCCACCUUUUACUUUCUUAACCUAACUGGAGUUAGCAUCGGAGGGGUAUCGUUACAAGAUCCGAGUUUCGGUAAACGGGAUAUUCUAAUCGACUCGGGAACGCUAUGA